GUUAAGUAAAGUGUUCCUAUGUAAAGAAAACAAUUUCGAGUGUCUUACGCAACCAAAAUACUAGUAAAAUCAUCAACACCCUCGAUUCAUCCUCUUGUGUGACUUUCGCUGCAACGAGAACUUAAUUUAGAUUCGAUUUCGUGUUACUUCCAACUUCUACCAAAUGGUGUUCGGAAUCAUGUCUAGUCAACAGCAACACGAAAUGGACGAAUCGGUGAAUGCUAGUUCAGGUGUCAACAGCAAACGCGGACGGAAACCUGGUCGCAAUUCUAAUAAAAACGGCGACCACAAGGGCGACAUGAAAGCUAAACUUGAGAGGAGCCGACAGAGUGCCAGGGAAUGCCGAGCUAGGAAGAAACUGCGCUACCAAUAUCUGGAGGAGCUCGUAACCCACCGCGAGCGCUCCGUUCUGGUUUUGAGAAGAGAAUUGGACCAAUAUCGUCAAUGGUGCAUUGAUAUGGACGAUGGAAAAAUGCCGGAAGGAAUCGAACGUCUAGUAGAGGAGGUUCGCCGAGAGCGUGAUUUGCAGAUCCAAAUGAAUCAGUUGAAUGCUGCUUCUCAUACUCCUCGGCCACCUACACGUUCCGACGAAACCGAUAUGAUCGAAUCUCCAUCCUAAAGAACCCACGCCAUUUUCGUCCAUUCAAUUUCAAGACGACGACACCUUUCUAGACGAUUGACAAAACUUGUUCUCCUCACUAUCUUGUACAAUACCCUACAUAACGGUGCAAUGGCAUAUUACACAGACCUUCUACAAUGUG